AAACACCGUUCAAACCAUCACUAUCAUCUUCAAAAGAAAAGCGAACUCGAACAAGGAGACAUAUACAAAGGUUGAUGCAAGCACAAGGGCAAAGGCAAAUACCAUGAUGCCAUCCACUUCGAACAAGGAAAGAACAGCCCUCCAGAAUGAUCCAGGUCUCGAGCACAUGCCAGGAAAUCCACCUAAGAAAGAACCGCAAGCUCCCGGAUCGUCUUUCACAUCGACACCAUCGGCUCAACAGUCUCAUUCUCGCUCCAAACAGCAAGAUUCGCCUCCUUCCACGAAGGCGAGCAUGCCGUCGUCUUCGGUGCGACUGAAUCCCUACCACGACCACYCCGAGACCAACGAUGGCAUCCCUCCUCCUAUUUGUCUGGUCUCCACCUGCGAGGAAAUGAAUCCGUCGCGGCGGUCGUCCUUCGAGGAUUGCAGCAUUUACGCUCCGUCCGGAACCUGGGGCUGCCCCGACGCAAACAUGGCCAUGCUGGCCGUGGCGGACGGACACGGAGGGCGCGACAUUGUUGAGUUCCUCGAGGACGCACUCCUGUUUCACGUUUCUGCGGAACUUCAAAUAGAUCCGCCGGAAAACGUGGUCGCGGGAUCUGGUAGCAGCGCCAGUACCAGCACCGGUGGCAGAGAAAAACGCACAACAACGCAUGGCGACAGCAUACCGGCACGAUUGGAACGGGCCUUUCUGAUAACCGAUAUUCACUCGAAGACGAUGGGGUUGAUGAGUUCGGGCGCUACCGUAGCGAUGUGUCUAGUUACAAGGGGAUGCAACAACAUGUACAAAACAAAUACCGGCGACACCGAUCAAAACCAACACCAUGGCAAAAUCAGCGAAAGCAAUCCGGAAAACGUGUGGACCAUUUAUGCGGCGAAUGUCGGCGACGCUAGAAUUGUUUUGGGGCACGGGAAAAAGGCCCACCGGCUUACAAAAGACCAUAGAACAGACGAUCCGGAGGAAGUCCGACGGAUYGAAGACAGCGGGGGUUUUAUUUUCAAGGGAAGGGUUCUUGGGAUUUUGGCCGUAACCAGGUCCCUGGGAGAUCAUUGUAUGAAAGAAUACGUGAGUCCGAGACAGAACGAAAUGAAAGAGCGAGCGACGGACGGGGAAGCGUAUUGACUUGAUUGAACUUCUCAUCUUGGUAAAUUCUUCAAACCAUUCUUUUUUGCURCUUUAGGUCAUUGCAAAACCAUACACAUCUGAAAACAGCAUCACGGUAGCACCUGAGACAGACGUAUCAUUCAUAAUGUGAGUCAUUUUUCAACACGAUGACAUACAUACACAGAUUUACAUUUCAGAUUUACACUCCAGACAAAAUACUUCUUGCCCGAUGCUGACUGAUGAGCUGUGCUUCGUUUUCCUUUCUGAUUCACGUUUCGAUUCCGGAUGGACGCGUUCUCGUUCUCGUGUCCAAUGCUCAAUGUAUUAUAUUGGUAUUUUAUUCCAAAAGUUUGGCGUGCGAUGGUUUGUGGGAUGUUAUAAAGGAUCAGGAGGCGGUCGACUUUGUUCUAGAUCGGAUAGCAGAGAAAGAAUUGGUGGCAAAAUAUUUGGUGGAAGAGGCCUUGAAGAGGGGUUCGACCGACAACAUUACCGUUUCUGUUGCCUUUUUCACAUAAAAGAAAGGACUGCAAUACAGUACUAUAAUGAUGAUGUUUCUGAACUUCUUCGUAAACAGUAAGACUCAUGGACGACGUUAGCAGYUCUGCAUGCUAUUCACCUCACGAUAUUGUGCAAUGGUCUUAUGAGAAGUUAUAACAAAGCUCAGUUAUGAAAAUCAGCUUUACUUUUAUUAGUACAUGUUCAAUCUAUAUACCAUUCGUGCUGCAAAACAGUGCGAAUUGACGACAACUAGAAGCGAUGUCAAAAUUGCUAUUGAGUUGAAGCAAAAUCAAUCCGAAAAAUCCAAGACCCGUUCUCACCCACAAGUCCUAUAUUUAUUCCCGUACACUUGGUAAGCGAGUCCGUAUCCCGUUGCUGCUAUCCGACUGAAUUUGAUUCUGUGCACUUCCAUUAAAUUAUAUCUCCUCUAUUAUCGGAAUACAUUGUCAUCUCUUGUUGUUUCCGCCCGUGCCGUCGAUUGGUUCGUCCCCUUCCUCGGUGGCUUUUCCUGAAACCGGUUUUGAAGAAGAACCUCUGCUUUCUGAAACAAAUGAGCAGAGAAAUUCCUAYACAAAAGCCAAUGACAAUACCAGCAAUCUCUCCCGCGCUGAGGAAUUCUUUCAUCUCGUGCACUAUGUCUUCAGCGACUGUGCUGACGCUGGUUACUGUUUUUAUCUCGCAGUGGCGUCCUUCCCACCCCUCUGGACAGUCGCAACCAGAGUUUCUGUGGUGUCASGGGUACGAGAACAAGCAAACGGAGCGAGCGUUGUGAGCGACUCGACUGUUUGAAGCGCGCAGCCGUUGCGCAAGAGCAACUAUUGCGAUCGAACCAGUCGUCCAAAAAGAACAGAAACAAAAUACCAGAGCCAGAUCUAGAGGCCAGACUUACGCAAAAUCCAAGUCGGGGUCGUCGGUCUGUUGCUGCCUACACCUUCCGCCGUUAGUGCAAAAUGCCGACCCGUGCUCGAACCCAUCGCCGCCCCCGUCACAAAAGACGGUGGCGAUGUGUUCACAGUACUUUCCUGCGUAAGGCGCAUCCAUUAUGCUUCCCUCGGCGUCACACGCGCAUCGGUAAAAGGCCUCUCCGGUGUCCGUAGAUCGUUCUUUGACACAGGCGCUCCCAUUAAAGCAAGUGUGGCUGUCUCUUCCGCAUGUGACGAAUUUGAUUUCGCAUUGCAAUCCCGUGUAACCUUUGGGGCAGGUGCAGUACAUUCCGUUCUCGUGCAAUUCCUGUUCGAACGGAAGGUCGUCUAUUUCCGAAUCAAUCCCAGCAUAAGCA